CAGGAAGAGUUGGAAACAAACAAGGUUCCAUUCGUGAACAGAGAUAAAUGUGCUGCUCACUUCAUUUCUUACUACGAAUGUCUUAACAAGGGUACUUCGUAUUGCAACGCUGCCAAGGACCAAUUCUAUGAAUGCCAGUAUGUGGCCUUGAAACAGAGACUCGAAAAGCAUUAA